AAUGAAGAAAUGCAAGGUGUUCAAAUAUUUGUUCAAGAAGUAAUUGAAGAUUCACCUCCAAAUAUUGAAAUACAAGAGGCUGUACCAGAUGAAAUUGAUAAAGAACACUCAACAGCAAGUACACUAGAAUAUAUUGCUACAGAUGUAGAAGCAUGUGAAGAAAUUCAAGUAAAUUGUAAAAAGAUGCAUUAAAUUCUCCAGAAGAAGAGACAUUGAUGAUUGUAGUAGAAGAAGAAAUUGAAGAAGCAUGUCUUGUAGGAGAAAUGGAUAAACCACCUUUGCUUCAAGAGGAGGUGUCUACAUCUGACGUUAAUUCAACUGAAGAUAAAGAAUUACCUAAAUUGAUUCCAAUCCAAUCGAUUCAACAUAAGAAUGAGUUACCUUCUGAGAUGCCAUUUUUACGACCAAUCACAAAACAUAGUCGACUGCAAAUGGCACAGCUAAUUGAGCAGAAACUUCAAAGUGAGAAUGAGAAUAACGAUGAACCUGAAACAGUGUCUUUGUCAAACGGACAUGUUGAAGAAUCACAAGCAAAAGGGAAUGUAAACCAUGAAGACGAAAAACCAAAGAAACCUAUAAUUGGAUGCGUGAGGAAAAGCGAAAGGAGAACUGGGCGAUUGACGAAACCUCCAUGGUUGAUGGAAAGUGGAGAAUUUGUUACUGAAGAGGAAGAUCAGCAUGAUAAUGAAGAUCAAGAAGACGAGGAUGAAGACAAUGUUGAAAAUCUAGAUGAAAAUGAGGUUGUUAAUGGCAUUGAUAUGAGGGAAAAACUCUGCAGUCAGCUGCAAAUGUUAAAAGUAAAGAAGAAAGCAGGAUCUUUAUUUGAAGCUAAGAUUCCUGACUUUACUGGUACACAUUAUAAAAAGAGAGCACCGAAAGCACAGGCGGUUAAACCUUCUACAGAUACAUCCUUUCCUAAAUUAGGACUUAAAAUUGUCUCUGUUGCUGGUGGAGUUGAUCUUGACAAAUGUAAACAACUGAAUCCUGUGGAUCUUGAUGCUGACGAAAAUUCGUCUCUGAAAGAAGUCAUCAUCAAUGAUCAUCUUGAUUUACCUACCAUCAAACUCACAAAAACGAAGGACUAUAAAAAGAUUAAAGGUUGGAGCAAGAAAAAACUGCUAACACUUGAUGCAGAUGAAUGUAUUGAAAGUGUAGAUGAUGUUGAUUCGAAAGUUGGUGAAGAUCCAACUCCGAGUUGCUCAUACUUAGUUGGAUCUGCCGAAGAGACUCGAUCCGAGAACAAUGGGUCGGGUAAUGUAUUCGCCAGCAAUAGUUUAGAUGGUUUCCUACAAGAAAAAGACCUGAAUAUUAGCUAUAACGUUCCAAAUUUGAAAUCCACGAAUCAUAAUAUUAAUCUACUAGAUUCCUGCGUUCUUGUCGAUGUCGAGAUGGAUAAGAAGCGAAAAGAACUUGAGCUUGCCGAGACCGAAGAUUCCAAUUCAUGUGGCGAUGUUAAAGAGAAAGACAAAGAAGAAAUUAAACAUUCAAAUGUGUACAAACCGAGAACUUUGGCUGAGAAGAGGAAGAUGAUGUCGGAUGAAUUUGACGGUGCUGAACCGAAGAAAAGAAGAGCAGAAAAAUUCAAAGCGAAGAAGUUUUCCCGACGUCCGAUUUCAUCUAGAUUUGAGUCUCCUGUAAUCGAGGAUAUAAGUCUUGAUAAUGAUAAAGAUAAUGAAAGUUUAUUGAUACCUUUUGAUCCGACCACUAUUGUUCCACAGCUGGCUCAGGAAAAUGACGACAUUCAAUUUCUUACCGAGGAGGAAUCUGCGCCCAAAGAUUGCGUCAAAUCUCAAUUCAAGUUCCGCUCGAGUGUUAAGUUUCUCACGUUUUCAGUUGUCACCAGAAAACCAGUGAAUAAAACGUUUUAUUAUAAAGUUACUGAUAUCAAGCGAAAGGGCAACUUUGAUCUUGUACCGAAAUCCGUGUGCAAUUAUCAAAAAGUAAAACCUUCUAUUUUGAAAGCUACUCCUACAGUGAAUUAUCGUCCUGGACCAUUAUGCAAGAAGCAGGAGUUGCAGGUGAAUGGAUGCAAGGAUUGGGAAACUGUUAUUGUGCCACUUCCGAAAGUCCACGUUGAAGUUAAACCACAGAUUGGUAAAAAAGUUGAUCCAGUCGUUCGUCAUUUUGUUAAAUUCGACACGUUUGAUGUCUCGAAAGGAAGAGCUGAGUUUGCAUUAAGUGUCCUGGUUGAUGGUGAUAAUCCUAAAAGCAAAGAAGAUGUGAAACCUUUCCAAUUUCCAGCCGGGUAUAAACACAAACAGGAGAAAGUCAUGAUGCGCAGGAGCAUCCCAAAAUAUGUAAAGAAGAAACAAAAAUUCAUCGACGAGGAUGAAAAGGAAAAAAUAAAUAACAAACCGGAAACUGAAGAAGACAUUUUACAUUCGUGUGAACAUGUUAUCUCAAAAAUGUUGGACUAUGUAGAGGUGAAAGAGUUAGAAGACAGUUUGCUCAAAUAUGAUACUGAUGUCGAGAGCAAAGUCGAUAGUGAUCUAGAUGUACAAUUGGCAUCAGUGGGUAAUGAUAAUAAAAAAGAAGAAAAUAAGGAAACCACCACACAACCGAAGAAAAAGCUGGAAUAUGAUCGAGUCCACUGCGAAUUGCGUAGAUUAAGUGUACGCACUGUAAAUGUACCUAAUGAUGAACCAUCUGAACCUCAAGAAGAGAAACCAAUGUCAUGCAGCGUUCAUUGUCUGCUCGGUUGUGUAUGUCAUAGUAUAUCCAGUCGAUAUCCGCCUUCGAAUCAUUGCGGCGAAACACGAUGCAUAUUCAAUUGUGUUUGCGGCUUUGAAGCACGCUGCAAAAAUGAGAGUAAAGAAGAUUCCAAAAGCUUGCUCAAUGAGAGAACACUCAGUCGAUUCAAUAAGGAAGCAAAGCGUAACAUUACCGCUCGAGAGGAAAGAGAUUUUACGCAAACAGCGAUUCGAUCCAAGAAUAAAACAAUCAUCCUUGCUAAUAAUCGCGUCAGCAAACGAACACCGAAAUUCAACUUUAAACGAUUUGAAGGUUUUCACUUUAGUUUCAUUGAUGACUCUACGAAGGCGACACCUCAGAAAGUUCUCUCUGAAGCUGUCACACAGAAAAUCAUUCAAACUGAUAAGAAACUUAAUAACUGCGUUGUGAAUCUUGUCAGGUGUAACUUUGAUGAUAUUGUUCCGUAUUGUUUGGUACAUAAUUUGUAUGAUUGUCAUUGUAAAGGUCUCGCUAAAUACAGUCAUUCUGAGAAUGAUAGAUUGAAUAGGUUGUGGUCAGCAAAGCACAAACCAGAAUCAGCCAUGGAACUUGGUAUCACAUCAGAGAAGCACCAGCAUCAACUUACAGAAAUACCUUUGAGUCAGUCUGUUCAUAAUGUGCAUAAUGUAAAAACAAAAGAAGAAAGCACUAGUAAUCCCGAAGGUUUAUCUGCACGUAUGCGUGGAACUGGUGAGUUCUUCCGCGAGAGGAACCGAACUAAUAAGUUUAAAAACAUGAUGGCUCGUAAACUUAAAUACGACACUACAGUGGACCCAGAAAUAGUAAACAGGUGGAUUAUUCUUCCACUAGACCAUAACAUGCCGAAAAAGGAUGCGAUUGCUACAAUAUUCGCAAAAAGAGACUCAAAGAAACUCGCACCUUUACCAUGGGAAGAAAACGAAAUUGUUAACAUCGACGAUGAUGAGUCCAUCGGGAAUGAUACUACUAAAACACGUAAGAAACGUAAACGUAAAACAACUGAUGAGCUUGCAAAUCUUACAAACACAACCAAACCGAGAACAUUGAAAAUUAUAGGAAGAGCGUUGACAAUCUCGGGUGCUUUAUAUUCGCCAACAGAGGCUAUUAGUCAACAAUUCUCCGCGAUGAUUGGUAAUAAAACAACACCUUUAAAUGAAUUCCGAUUAUUACUCUGGGCGGCUUUAGUACAACUGUAUGAAAGUAAUGCAGUCUAUAUUUGGAUCAGCAAUAACACUAGUAAACUGCGCUUUAUCAUCACCGAUUCGAUGUCGAAUCCGAAAGGAGGAUACAAUAAUAUUCGUGAGUAUGAGAAGGCCGACCCUAACAGUAUCAAAGUGGAGUUUAUCAAGUGGAUUGUUACGAAAACAGUUCCUGACAAGAAGAACAGCGACAACAUUUUAGUGAUACUGAAAAUUAAUGAUCCGUAUUGGGAGAUUUGCGGUAUUUGUUCGAAAAACAAUCAAACUUCAAAUAAUGCAAUAAAUGAACAAUCACAACAAGAAAAUCAAGCGGAUACAAGCAGUGAUAGUACCAAUGGGGUGGUAAAAGAAGUCAUUCAAAAGGUUAACGAAAAGUAUUACAAAACUGUUGAACAUGUUCUGUUUGCUAAUGGUACAUUUGCACCCAAAAAGUUACUGUUGAUGAAUAAGAAAGAAGCGCGUAUGGCUGAGCCAAGAUUGUCUGCUGCUCUACCACAUAUACUCAGCAAUUGCAGGUGGAGAGUCCUGAUGAUAAACUCGAACUUUGCCAUCUUAGCAUUCACACGGAACGAGUUCCGUAUUAAGUGUAGCGAUAUUUUAACUGUUAUGAAAGUAGCUGGCAGGUAUAAGAAGACAAUUGUUAUCAAUACAUAUGAAGUGUCAGCGAAUUACAAACACAAAUUGUUUGGUUUGUAUGUACCGCCAACAAUACAGGACAGGAUUUUUAUCGGGCCUUAUUAUAAUGAUGAAGAGCAUGGAUUGGAAACACUGCGGUUUGUUAAUAACGAGUUGAUGAACACCGACGAUUUUAAUGCCAUGCGAGGAAUCAAAAAUGUAUCGAACACUGGACUCUGGUAUUCGCAAUAUGGCCGCGUCUCUGAACCACCACCGGUUUCACCAGCUGAUAAACAAGGUGAACCUGUUAUAGAUCUCACAGAUAUGGAUGAAAUGAAGGGAUUGAUGAAGUCUUCAGACCUUACAAUUACACCUACACCUGUAUCUGUACCAACGCAAAAGAAAACUCAUCGGAAAUCAUCUCAGGAACUUGCAAGUGAGUCAAAUGCAGUUCAGAUCAAAUCCGAACCAGCGUCCGAUAUCAUUGCGAUUGAAGAUACAGUUAUAUCAAUUCCCAAAUCCACAGACGUUUCUUUAAAAUCACAGAAAGUAGAUUUAACAUUGAAACGUAAUAAGAAACUUGUGAAACCUAUGCAUAAUGGGUUCGAGCAUGUUGAUGUGAACAACCUGCCUCCACCAGGUAAAAUGCCUGAAUUGAUUAAAAUUCCACUAAAGGCAAACAAAUUAAACAAAAACAUAACUCAGGCUAAUUCUCGGGAAAACAUGGAGGAACUGAUGAAUGUUGCUACAUUGGAUAAUAUUGUAUCCAAAGCCAAAGGAAUAGAUUCGACGAAUCUAGAAAAAUGUUUCAACAUGCGAUUGAAAAUCAUCAUGAAACAAAUGAAUAUGUAUCUGCCCAAGUUGGCGAAACCAAUUUGCUUCCGGUUGAAUUUUGGCAACGGCAUUAUACUUGCCUAUGUUAUCGACAAGGAGGUGUUUGUUUACUGGCCUGGUGACAACAAGAAACAGUUUUACUUCCCGUUGUUAGAGAAUGCUGUUCAGUGGCUUAGUCGAGAAUUGCACGAAGUGUUUAUCUGCAUACCCUCGACGUUUAAGAUUGUCGUUACGCCGGUGGGACCAGCGCAUUAUCUUGAAUAUAUCAAUCGGGGAGUUAUUUCACAGAAGUAUUUCAAGGAGAUUUGUAUAAUUGGAGAUUUUGGCAUUAUGCGAUUAUCCGAGGCGCAAAAAUUCUUGAUGUACGACCGCGUGCAAGAUGCAAGGCGUGCGUUACGUGAAGCCGAGGGUAAAAGUCUCAAGUUUAAGAAGGCGAUUGCUCAAAUUAUUGAUCAAAAUGACAUGACGAAGACUGAAUUUAAACAAAGGGUAAAAGACCUAAUCACGAAGGCCACUGCGGCAGCCGAUAAGCCAGCUGGUAAUCAAUUGCCUCAUAAAGUCAACCAAUCCACAACCAAAAGUGCGCCAUCUGAAGUGAUAUGUUUAGACUCUGACGAAGAGCAACGGGAGGAAGCACCGCAAGUGCCUCAAUCACCACACCCAACGAAGCCAAAGCAAACUGUUCCAGCCGCAAAAUCAGUGCUGCGGCGCAUCCAAAACCGAGGCAUCUCGAAGGUUGCGAAGGUGAAAGCAGGCGCUAAGACGCACAAUCAGCGCAUGAGCCUACAACCACCUACAACUGAGAAGUCUGAGUUCAAAAGUAAGCGGCGUUCGCUGGAUAAUAACGUUGCCAAUCGUGAGGAAGAAGUGAUGCAAAUUGAUCUCACUCACUUGACGACCGAGAGGGUGAAACAGCUGAUCCGCGGUACCGAAACUGGUGACCGCAUUACACUGACGCAGGAGCAGGUAAAGAAGCUGCGGGCUUUGUCGCGCACGCCGAAUACAAGCGAAAAGCUUAAGCAGAACGGCGUCAGCUAGAGCCAAAUAUUUUUAAGCAGAUGAUGCGAGAAAAGAAAUGAAAUUUAUCGAUCAUAGUAUUAAGAUAGUUUCAUAUACAUUCGUAUAUAUAUUUUUUAUUUUUAUUUUUAUUGCGUUUCACUUGUAUAUUACAUUAUUUAAUUAGUUUCAUUUCGAACUUAAUCACUCUCGGCAGAGUCCUGUUAUGUAAAAUACGAUUAUUGAUUAACUACUAGUUAAGAGUAUUAUUGCGAUGCAACCACGGCAGGCUUGCACUCUUCUUUUUUUUGUAUACAUAUAAAUGUGAUAAUAGGUUUACGACGUUUAAGAAUAUACGCCGGCGAACAAGCGAGCGCAAAAGUGCAA